CAGCGAGCGAGCGAGCGGGGCAUUUCUGCGCAGCUUCUGAGCGCCUCGGAGCCCGCCAGGGCGGCCACUGAUCGCAAGAACAGAGAGACAGACAGACAGACGGCUCCCGGAAGGCGCGCCGCCACCACCAGGUUAGCAGGGCGCGGAGACCGCGCAGGCUGGCGCCGUGUCCCGAGCCUCGAGUACUGGAGGACGUGUGUGGCCGGAGCCGCGAGCUUCGAUUCGUGUCUUUGCCGGUGCCUGACUGAGGACGUCUUCCCCAGGGAGCCAGUGUGCAGAGGAGGGGCGUGCUGGUCACCAUGACAACAGAGACAGGCCCGGAUUCUGAGGUGAAGAAGGCUCAGGAGGAGACUCCACAGCAGCCUGAGGCUGCUGCAGCUGUGACCACCCCAGUGACCCCUGCAGGCCACAGCCACCCAGAGACCAACUCCAAUGAGAAGCAUCUGCCCCAGCAGGACACAAGGCCUGCUGAACAGAGCCUAGACAUGGAGGAUAAGGACUAUUGUGAGGCCGAUGGCCUGUCGGAGAGGACUACGCCCAGCAAGGCCCAGAAGUCACCCCAGAAGAUUGCCAAGAAGUUCAAGAGUGCCAUCUGCCGAGUCACUCUGCUUGAUGCCUCUGAGUACGAGUGUGAGGUGGAGAAGCACGGCCGGGGCCAGGUACUGUUUGACCUGGUCUGUGAGCACCUGAACCUCCUGGAGAAGGACUACUUCGGUCUGACCUUCUCUGAUGCCGACAGCCAGAAGAACUGGCUGGACCCUUCCAAGGAAAUCAAGAAGCAGAUCCGGAGCAGCCCCUGGAAUUUUGCCUUCACAGUCAAGUUCUACCCUCCUGACCCAGCCCAGCUGACAGAAGACAUCACUAGGUAUUACCUGUGCCUGCAGCUGAGGGCAGACAUCAUCACAGGCCGGCUGCCCUGCUCCUUUGUCACGCAUGCCCUGCUGGGCUCCUAUGCUGUGCAGGCUGAGCUGGGAGACUAUGACGCAGAGGAGCACAUGGGCAACUAUGUCAGUGAGCUGCACUUUGCCCCAAACCAGACCCGGGAGCUGGAGGAGAGGAUCAUGGAGCUGCACAAGACAUACAGGGGCAUGACCCCGGGAGAGGCGGAGAUCCACUUCCUGGAGAACGCCAAGAAGCUGUCCAUGUAUGGGGUUGAUCUGCACCACGCUAAGGACUCAGAGGGGAUCGAUAUCAUGCUGGGUGUCUGUGCCAACGGCCUGCUCAUCUACCGGGAUCGUCUGAGAAUCAACCGUUUUGCCUGGCCCAAGAUCCUCAAGAUCUCCUACAAGAGGAGUAACUUCUACAUCAAGAUCCGGCCUGGGGAGUACGAACAAUUUGAGAGCACUAUCGGCUUCAAGCUCCCUAACCACCGCUCAGCCAAGCGGCUGUGGAAGGUCUGCAUUGAGCACCACACAUUCUUCCGGCUGGUGUCCCCAGAGCCCCCACCCAAGGGCUUUCUGGUGAUGGGCUCCAAGUUCCGGUACAGCGGAAGGACCCAGGCACAGACCCGACAAGCCAGCGCCCUCAUCGACCGGCCGGCCCCCUUCUUUGAGCGUUCCUCCAGCAAGCGAUACACCAUGUCCCGCAGCCUUGAUGGAGCGGAGUUCUCCCGCCCCGCCUCAGUCAGUGAGAACCAUGAUGCGGGGCCUGAUGGUGACAAGCGGGAAGACGAUGCUGAGUCAGGGGGACGGCGAUCAGAGGCCGAAGAAGGCGAGCUCAGGACCCCCACCAAGAUCAAGGAGCUGAAGCCGGAGCAGGAAACCACGCCAAGACACAAGCAGGAGUUCUUGGACAAGCCAGAGGAUGUCCUGCUGAAGCACCAGGCCAGCAUCAACGAGCUCAAGAGGGCCCUGAAGGAACCCAACAGCAAACUCAUCCACCGGGAGCGCGAUCGGGAGCGCAGGCUGCCCUCGUCGCCCGCCUCCCCCUCCCCCAAGGGCACCCCUGAGAAAGCCAGUGAGACCCAGAGGACCCAGGACACUUCUCAGCAGGACUUGGUACCUGGAAGAGCAGCAGGCUUGGAGGUGUUCACUCAGAAAAGCCUCGCAGCAUCUCCUGAGGGUUCAGAGCACUGGGUAUUUAUAGACAGAGUACACGCUAGGCCAGAAGAACUUGGCCUCCUAACAGUGGCCAGCACACAACGGGAAGAAAGUGAGGCAGGCCUCGCUGAGAUCCUUGCUGAUGGCAGACUCUCCAAGGUAGACAUUCUGGUGGACAAGUUCAAAGUUGAAGUGGCCACGGAAGAAACAGUGGGAGCCAGAAGGGCAAGCACUCAGCAGCAAAGGAGGAUGGUUGCAAGUCCAGAAGUCUUUGAGACAAUGAGAGAGGAAGUCCUGUGCACCCAGGGAGGCCCCAGAGAGGCUGCCCAGGCUGCAGGCUGCACAUCACCAGACAGGCUUCUUGAGGGCUCCAAGCUCGAGAUCAGGAACCGCCGCAUCUCCGAGGGUCAGCUGGAGAGCCCAGCAGAGCGGAGCCAGGGGCUGGAGGGGCUCCAGACUUGGCAGAGACCUACAACUACGGGAGUCGGGUCAGGGCUAGGAGAAGUUCUCUCUCCUGAGUCGGACAGGGGAGGACUCCAGUCCUUCCUGUUGGAUCCGGCCCAGGCAGAAGCCAGGGCUGACUCCAGCGACGAGACUGACACCUCCUUCGCAGAGAGGAGCUUCUAUCUAAACUACGGCGAGAAAGACUCCCAAGACCAAGUUCCUCCCCUACCCUCAGAGGACAGAGAAGAGCGCCUGGAUGCCCCUCCUGGAGAUGGGCCCUGGCCGGAGCUGGCAGGGGAGCACACAGAACACUGGGAGCUGAAGUCCUCAGCCCCAAGGGGUUCUUCUGCCCCAGGUUCCAGCCGGAAUAAAGAUGAAACCCAUAUGACUUCCUCACAGGAAGAAGUCUGGUCCCCUAGGGACCAUGGGAGGCCUGGUGACCUGCAGGGAGCUGCUGUGGGACAGACUUUUGCAGACUGGGAAGAAACGCAGCAAAGGCUGGAAGGAGAGUUGACCUACCCAAUGGCCAGGGCAGCUGAAGACGAGGAGGCUGCCAUGAGUAUAGACUGGAGAGGAAAGACUGAGGAAAGUCCCCCCCCAGCAGGAUGGAGGAAGCAGCCCCCUGGGGGAGGGGGAGGGGUACACCUAGAUGCCCAGGCCUGUGCCCUUCUGAGGACCAUUCCUCCUCAUGUUAGGAAGCCAGUCAGGCCAAACCAAGGCGGCCUUCUGCCCAAAGAGAAGAGGGCAAUUUCCACUCAGGCUGUAGAACCCAAGACAGAGGACAUGGAGGCAGUCAUCCCCCUGCCAGCAGCUGUGGAGGACACUUCUCAAAGCCCAGUCUCUCCUGGGCCAGGGAAGCCUUCGGAGUUCUGGGAUCCCUUUGGAGAUCAGGUCCCCAUAGUUCUCAAACACACCCAUCUUCCUGAAGAGAGCGCCGUGCCCAAGGACACACGAGGUGAACGCAAAGCACCCCCCGUGGCCAGCAAGAAACCCAGAGCUGUCCCUGUAGGAGCUGAGGGACCUGCACUCCCGGGGUUUGUGUUCCCUUCAGAAAAGCAAAAGGAGACUUCACUCUGGGCUGGGGACCAAGGGGGUUCCAAGGAAGACGUUAGCAAGACCUCAGUGGCUAACAAAAUCCGGAUAUUUGAGACCCACGGAGCUGAGACUCGCCGAGCCAGUCAGGGCGAACUGAGGGCCCUUGCGCAUGAGCUGCCUUCGGAGGCUUCCCCGGGGCAGGUAGAACAUCAGCGAAGCAGGCUGCUCGACUUGGGCUUUGGCCAACUCCAGCCCCCUGGGGACCUGGCCAGCCCCAGAGUCACGCACUCUUCUGUCAUGCCUCUGGCUACCCAGCACUCUGGGGAGGGCACCUCCACUACCUCCCCCCAGGAAAGAUGCACAGAACCAGAGCCCGCGUCCCCUGAUUCAGGCUGUGAAACCACGCUGGAGGAAGCUACCGGGAACAAAUCCGGAGAUGCGGGCAGGGAAGAGAAGAGUUUCUUCAGCCGCUUAGCACCCAACGCCCCUGGAAAGGGGGGGCGCCUGAGAUUCGCCAGCCCUCCGGGCCCUCAGAGAGCAGGGCUGAGGGAGGGCUCGGAGGAGAAAGGCAAGCCACCACGUCCUCGUGCCCCAGAGAGUGACACAGGAGAUGAGGACCAGGACCAGGAGAGGGAUGCGGUAUUCUUGAAGGACAACCACCUGGCCAUCGAACGCAAGUGCUCCAGCAUAACGGUCAGCUCCACAUCCAGCCUGGAGGCUGAGGUGGACUUCACGGUUAUUGGCGACUACCACGGCAGCGCCUUUGAAGACUUCUCCAGAAGCCUGCCUGAGCUGGACCGUGAUAAGAGCGACUCUGAGACAGAAGGCCUGGUGUUCGCCCGGGAUCUCAAGGGACCGUCCAGCCAAGAGGAUGAGUCUGGGGGCAUCGAGGACAGCCCAGACCGAGGGGCCUGCUCCACUCCAGAAAUGCCCCAGUUUGAGUCCGUGAAAGCAGAAACCAUGACUGUCAGCAGUCUGGCAAUCAGAAAGAAGAUCGAGCCAGAGGCCAUGCUGCAGAGCAGAGUCUCCGCUGCGGACAGCACCCAGGUUGACGGUAGUGCCCCAGUGGGGAAGGACUUCAUGACGACUCCCCCCUGCAUCACCACAGAGACCAUCUCCACCACCAUGGAGAACAGUCUCAAGUCCGGGAAGGGGGCAGCUGCCAUGAUCCCAGGCCCACAGACGGUGGCCACGGAAAUCCGUUCUCUUUCACCGAUCAUCGGGAAAGAUGUCCUCACCAGCACCUACGGCGCCACUGCGGAAACUCUCUCAACCUCCACCACCACCCAUGUCACCAAAGUUUACAUUCAGCACUGCCAGGUCAGAUUGGGAAAGGUGCUGAGUGAGGGGGGGUACAGAGGGGGCCAAACUACAAGCCCCACUCUCCAGGGCCUGAAGCCUGGAGACGUGAGCAAGGCCAUGUGCACAGAGACUGUGAAGGGAGGGUUUUCUGAGACAAGGAUCGAGAAGCGAAUCAUCAUUACCGGGGAUGAAGAUGUCGAUCAAGACCAGGCCCUGGCUUUGGCCAUCAAGGAAGCCAAACUGCAGCAUCCAGACAUGCUGGUAACCAAAGCUGUUGUCUACAGAGAAACAGACCCAUCCCCGGAGGAGAGGGACAAGAAGCCACAGGAAUCCUGACCUCCGUGAAGAGAUGCUGGCGUGUCUGGUCCAACCCAAGCCAGAGAACCAUUAAGAAGGGGCCUUCAUUCUGGAUUCUCCGACACCACCAACAUCCCAGCCGCGACGUACUGUCACUGAUGAGAGACUGGGAAGGGAAAGCAUAUAUAUAUAGAUAUAUAUAGAUAUAGAUAUAUAUACAGGAAACACCGCGUCCGUGCGCGGCUGCUGGGCUGGCGGAGCGGGCAGCCGACGGCGACAGCCAACAUCUGCAACAACCUUCAUUUCCUUUGCAGACAAAUCGAAUUGGUGGAUUUUUUUGUUUUUCCAGGAAAAUAUGUAACAAUCAUAAUGUCCCUCUCCCCCACCCCUUUCUCCUGCCAAACUACAAAAGCAGACCAUGAUGAUUGUAGAUGUCCCCGUGAGCCCCGGCUGCACACACUCCAGGAUGGGCGGGCACCCCAUUUGUUCUCCAGCCUCUGUUGCUCCUUCUGAUGCAAAGGAAGAAGAAGAAAAAACAAGAAGAUCACGUAGCCAAGCAGGAGAAGUCAGAGCAGCAAGACAUGCACAAUCAACUGUUUUCCAAGAAAGGAAGAAUGGAAGUCUCCCCCUCGGAGGGGGAGGGGAGGAGCACUCAGUUGUUAUCUUCUGGGUCUUGACCCUGGGCUGUGAAAUCCUCUCUGUUCUGCCUCCCGCUUCACCCUUGACUCCUGCUCAUCUUGUCUCCAUUUUCUGUCUCAGCUCCCUCCUGCCUCUCUCCCCUCCUCUUCUGUGUCCUGGUCCUGUGAGGGCCACUGCAGAUGACUCUCAAUGGCAGAAAAAAGAGACUGCAAGAGCAACAGGAAGCCAUGGGAAGGGAAGUAGACGUUGUAUGUUUCCAGUUUCUCAUGACGGAGGUGCAGCUCGUAGGAGAUUGUAUGACUGUGAUUUUAAGUUAUGUAUAUUACAUGUAACAGGAAACAAAUAUUAAAAUAAACUGUGCUGGUAAGUAUGCAGCUGACAUUUUCAAGUUAUAAUUACCUGACUGUGAUGUAUCCCAAGGUUCCUAGAUCUUGCCAAACUGGCCCAGCCAAGGACACUGGACUCUGGGUGUGGCCGGCUCCCAGUAGGGCUGACAGAUUCAGUGUAGUGAAACUGUGUGUGGUGUUUGUAACUGGGUGAUUGGUGGGGAGACUGGGGGGCCCUCCGUGGAGAGGUGAGGGUUCAGCCGGAAGGAAGCAGCACAGAUGUAGUCCCGAACAUGCCAGGCCGAGAUGCCUUCUCCCCCAGCAGUAGCCGUCCGGGGCCUGGUCUGUGCUCAGGACCCUGCUGCUGAGGUCAUAGGUCAGUCCUACCUCCAGGGGCUUGCCUUGGUUUUCAGUCCUCUCUUUCUGUUGUACUCUUACCAGGGUCUGUUUUGGUUUGUAUUCCGCCAUGUCUUACCCCGCUCUUCAUGCCUCGUCACAGUCAGCCCCUUCUCCUAAGGGAGGUGGUGCCCUGGCUGAGGUAGAAAGCAGCGACUCUUCUCACCUGGUUUUCUGAAAUGCCCAGCCAGUCUUCCCGCCCUGCCUCUUCCAUCCUAUGACUCAUUCUCUUCUUCCUGAGCUAAAGUAGCCAUGAUAAACAGGCCAGGAACACAGGGAAGGCCAGGAUAGGCCCAUACUGCAUUUCCAAAGGCCUCCCCUAUCCCAGAACAGUAGCAGGUAUGAGGAAGUGCUGCCCACUGGCUCCUUCUGCCUUAGACCCUGGCUUGCAAGGCUUCUGUCAGUCGGUAUCCAAGCUCGGAAACGGCCUUGAGAUGACAGGAGCCUCUGGAGAAGGCCCACCACAAGUGUGGCAUUGCGCGCUGGCAUAUGCAGGCUUCUGGCCUACUUGCCACCAGCAGGGUCCCUCUCUGAGCGACAGUGUCCUACAGCAAUCCCGUUUUCACUCCCUGGUCCUGCUAAGGCGGUUGGUGUAUUUAUUCAGCAAAUGUUGAUGAGUUGCCUGCUUGUGCCAGGCUCUGUUUUCAAGGUGGAAGGAGACGCGUUAAAGGGGGUGGGGCACUGGGGAGCCACUGGACAAGCCUGUCCUUAACCAUAGCUGGCUCAUGUCAGAACACUUCUCCACUCUCUCCAUCGGCUUGUCUCUAAAGGGCCCGGUUAGAUGUGCCCUCCUGGCCUGCUUAUUAGUUACUCCCAUGAUGUACACCUUACCUACUUUCAGGUGCUGGCCUGACGCAGGGCAAGAAGCUAGAAUGCUUUUCUCUCUGUGGCAGUUGAGAAGUAGCACCAGGCUCUCAGAGAGCAGAGAUAGCCAUAUGUCCCUGGUGCAGGCUGGUAGGCCCACUACACCCCAGUGUGACAGAGCAUUUUCUCUGCUCCGGGGUCUUUGUCCAUUCUUGAUGGAGAAGCCACAGAACCUCCCGCCCACCCUUUCCAACAUGCAAGCUCCUGCUGCUUCUGAGCCAAGGGCAGGAACGGCUCUAUCCCCUUGGAAUCGGGCUCAGGCCUCCCCUGCCUCUGCAGGGACUCCAGGGCCUGCACACACUGGACACACAUACCUCAGAAGGAGGAUCUUUGUUCCCGGGGUUGUACCUGCCCUCAAUGUGGGCUACGGGGCAAGGAUGAAAUGACCCAGCUUAGCUUGUGGGAUGUUAGAAUUUGAGGAGAUACUCACUCCAUGCAUGUUCUGACCUUCCCCCCCCACCCCCCCCGAGAGGUGGUCAGCACCCUGCCCAGGGAGGAGGGGACCUGCAAAGCUAAAAUCUAGGGCACUGUUUCCUCCUCAGCCUCCACUCCAUAGAGAAUAAGGACCUUGUCUUGUGUGUCUUCAACCUGUUUUUUUUCUCUUUGCUUUGUAUGUGUGUGUCUCAUCUUUGCUGUGGCACCUCUCUAUCCAGGAGGCCAGGUAACCCAGUGGGAAACACUUCAGAGAGCAGUCAGAGUUCUGGGUGAGCAUUUAGAUGCAGCUCCUAACUCACCAGGUGGCAUGGGCUACUCCAUCCCACUUAACUAACCGAGCAGGGCCAACUAGUUGCACCCUGAGCCUUUGCCCCGCUCCGCGUCUCGCGCCCCUUUAUUUUCCCUGCCUUUGCUUUCUGUGGAUCUUUUCCAUGUGAGGGUACAGGAAGUGCCAGGACCUGUUUCCGUUUUUGAAUCCUGCAAGCACAUACCAAGACUGGCCUGAGACUGCAUGAGCAACAUCACUCUAAAUAUAUAUUUUUUUUCAAAAGCACCUUACCAACCAACUGCAAUGCUGUCCUGUUCCUUUUUACCCCCCUCUUGUCCCCACGCCUCCCCCACCAGUGCUCCGUGCUGUAUGCGUGUGCUCUCUGUUCUUGUAUACUCAAUAAAAGUGAAAUAAAUGUGUUUGAUGCUGAA